AUGGGAGAGAGACUGACCGAGAGAGCAUUGGGAGGGAAAAGGAGAAAUCCUAAGAGAUUGGGGGCUAAGAGAGAGGAGCAGAUAACCAGUGGACCAAUAGGAGAGUGCCACGUGUCACCCAUUUUAGCCACACCGUCAGCCGGUUGCACCAAGUUUUUAAACGUCCCAAAGAUAGCUGGAAAGAUUUCAGCAAAUCACUUGUGGUCCCAUAUCCACCCUUCACUUGAUCUUCACUUACACAUAUAUCCCGAUUCCCCUUUCUUCAUUUUCGUUCUUACUGCAACUGACCAUUUUGAUUUUUCCUCCGAUUUUCAUUCUUACAUUUUUUUUUCUUAUUUCUCAUUGUCGUGCGAUAAACCCUCAGGUGGACGUGGACUCUCGCCGUCGACCACCUCCUCUCGAACCAUUUUGUUCAUCUUGGUUGAUCGAAUCUCUGUAGUGUCGUCUCCAGUAGUUCUCUUCACACUGCAAGAUAUGUUCGAGCUUGUAGGGGGUCUUGUUGAAAAUUUUUUGGCUGGAUUCAAUAGUUUUGUAUUUGUCUAUGGACAGAUCAUAUGCAUCAACUGGUUGAGGUUUUCUCAUAAUCAUCUUGGCCUGCCUGAAUAUUAAUGCCCAUACCAGUGACUAAUGGGAGAGUUGCUGCUGCAUGGGGCCAUUGCCUAGAAAAUCCUAAAGAGCCUUGCU